AUGAUGUCAAUAUUUUAGAAUUUGAAACACCAACAAAAAGAUUCAUAUAUAAGGCAAAUGAGAUUAGUGAUCUAGAAGUUAAAGUAUAUAAAUAUUUCAUAUUAACUUUGUCUCAACUAUAAGAAACAUUCAAAAUAUUAGAAGGAUAUGAUAUAAGAAAGAUUUGCAAAUCUAUAAAAAAAUAAUAUUAAGUAUACUUACAGAUUAUUUUUAAUUACAUCUCAAAUUCAAUUAUAAAAAAUUUAAACAAAAUGA